AUGGUAAACACGCGAGGUUCAGGUCCCUCGUCUGACGAUCACGUCUCUUCUGAGCUUCCUGCGUCUCCAGCCCUCAAGGUCGAGGACGAUGCUUCCUUGAAGACGUCUCACCCGCGCGAGGAGGACGAGGAUGGCUCCCUUUCCCCUCGAGCCUCGAAGAAACGGCGCAUCGACGCCGAGUCGGAAGGGCUUCUCCUACCGUCUCAAACUACCGAAUUGACCGAUCAAGCGCCCGGACAUCAGAUUGAAGAAGAAUUAGUAUCCGCGCUCGGUUCUGGAAUUGUCGAUACUGUGGAACGCCAGAAUGCUGGGCAGACUCAGCCGGUCAGCUCUGCGGGAGAUCCCGCAGCGCCAGAGACAAAUCCGGAGCUUGACGAUAUGGCGUCUGUCAUCUCAAGUAUCAUGAAUCAUGCUGAACGGGUCGAGGAACAAUGCGCUAUGGGUCAGCAACAAUUAACUACUGCGACAACGACACCGACUACCCCUGCGGAUCAGCAGGCGCCCAAGGGUCUAGUUUAUGUGAAGGCAAACUCGCACUUGAAGAUCCAGAGCUUGCCUAUAUUGGACAAUCUGUCUACCCAAAUUCUCUCUCUUCUGGCCAAAUCCACUUACCAGGACAUUACGUCGUUUGUGGCUGAGCCGGAGUCAGAAAACGGACAAGCUUAUGCGACCAUGAGAUCCCUCUUUGAUCAUACAAAGAAAGUGUAUUCCUCCAAGGAAUCGUUCCUGUCACCGACUGAACUUGGUCUCACGGAACCUUCCCAAGUUGACAUCAUCAGAAAAGCAAACCUGGCUUCAUUCGUUUCAAGUAUCUUUGGCACACAAGAGAUUGGAUUUGCUGAGCUAAAUGAGCAUUUCCUGGAUGUUUUCGUCCCGGAAGGGGGCCGCCUGCUAAAAGUGCAAGGUGCUCUGUUUCUGGAGCUCAAGACCCAAGCGUUCAUAGCCUCCAUGAACAACACUGAGAGGACAAGGACCGAGUUGCUGUACGACCUGUUUCCAGAUGAUCUGGAGCAGCGCUUACUUGACCGACGGCCGGGAACUCGUCAGCUAGCACCUAGUGAGGCUGAUUUCGUGAAACGUGCCGGCUCACGCCGGGAUAUUCUUUUGAACGAUAUUAACAACGAAGAGGCGAUGAAAGCUCUGCCCGAUAAGUACCACUGGGAAGAUUUCCUCCGAGACCUGAGCUCGUACAUUACGAAGAACUUUGAUGCUAUCUGCCAUCAACAGACGAAGAAAUUGAAUAAGGGAAGACAACCAUCUUCAUCGAGUGGCGAAUCACAGGAUCCGCCCAGUGCACCCCUCCAAGGCCAAUUCCCUGUUGCUUCGCAAGCGCCUGAAGUUCCUGUUGACAAGAAUAUGCAUGGUGACUUGGUAGCCCGUGCGGCACGUGCGGCCCAGAUUGCCUUGCAGGGCCAUGGAUUGAGGCGUUCUCAACAACAGCAGCAGCAGCAGCUCAGUCAGCCACAGCAACCAGGACAACCCCAGCAACAGCAACAGCAACAGCAACAGCAUCAAAACCAAAUUCAGCAGGCUCAGCAGCAACCCCAGCAACAUCUACAGCCACAGCAAAUGCCGCAGCAGAGUUCUCAACAUGGGGGCCAGGCACCUCAUGGGUAUACUGCUGCUCAGCCCACGGGCCAGCUGCAAUCUCAGCAAAACCCACACCAACAGCACUACCAGCAUAGUCCAACGCCGCCGGGGUAUCAGCAACAGCCCGGGCAGCUCACAUUCCAGCAAAGUCCUCUGCAAGCAAACUUUCAACAAUAUCACCCUGGGGGUCACGUCUCCAUGCCAGGGAGACCCAACGGUGGUCAUUCAUCAAACCAUGGUUAUAUGCCUGGGAUUCCUCACUAUUCGCAAUCACAACCCACUCAGGUACUCUAUGAGCGCGCUCGCAUGGCGGCUUCGGCGAAAUCGUCUCCAAGCAGUCGCAAAUCCGGCCUACCAAGCCAGCGCCGCCCCUGGACUACUGAAGAAGAAAACGCUUUGAUGGCUGGACUGGAUCGUGUAAAGGGACCACACUGGAGUCAAAUUCUUGCGAUGUUCGGACCCGGAGGUACUAUCAGCGAAGCCCUGAAGGAUCGUAAUCAAGUGCAGCUGAAAGACAAAGCGCGCAACUUGAAACUCUUUUUCCUCAAGAGCGGUAUCGAAGUUCCUUAUUACCUGAAGUUUGUCACCGGUGAACUCAAGACUCGCGCUCCUGCUCAGGCCGCUAAACGUGAAGCACGGGAGAGGCAGAAGAAGCAAGGCGAAGAAGAUAAGGCUCAUGUGGAAGGUAUCAAAGGCAUGAUGGCCCUUGCUGGCGCACAUUCGCAGCCCGUUGCGCUCGGACACGGGCACGAGGCGAUGUCUGCUUCUCCCGGGCUUCCGGAUACUGGCAGCCAUUCUACGUUUGAUCAAACCGCGGAACAGAACCUGAUGCAGACACUGGGCCAGGAGGUCCAUGGUGCUCAAUUUGGGCAACCUCAACAUCAACCAGGUAAUGUGGAUCCCAACAUGCACCUGGGGCAGUAA